UUGGAGAAUUUUUAAUUGUCAUAUUUAUGUGAACUAUUCUAGCAUUAAUUCAUAUAUACUAGCUUGACAUUGCACAUAGAUGUAGCUAUCUGAAGUGCAGUGUGGAGAAACGGUGUGGCCAUUGAGCAUUGGCCGUUCUCACACCAUGCUGCUCUUUUCAUCUCACACCAUGUAGUUAAAUAAAAACAGCAUCCAGAAUAACAGCAGACUGUCAAACAGAGUACAGUUAACAGACAAGAACAGCUUCUUAGCUUGCACUGAUUUCUACAUAGAGAAACAAACUAAUCCAAUAAUUGUAGAUGAUACGUUGAAAUAUACUGAGUGUACCUGCUGAAACAUAAGCAGUCUAAGAGCUACUUUGCAGCUUGUUUGCUUAAAUCAUUACCUGAAUAGUAAACGUUACUUCUUAAAGCUUCUGAUAAGUUAUAGAAGUGUAAUUUGCAACAUAAAGAGAUCUAUUAUUUCAGUGUUGCUUUGCAACAGUGAUUACUAAGUGCUAAGAAGGUCCACCCACUGGUGAGUUUUUUUUUUGUUUUUUUUUACUAAAAAGUAAAUGAAACUCAUGUACUGGCAUCUUUUGUCAUUAAGAUUGUGAGCGUUAAAGUUAACAUUAAAAGGUGGAUCAGAGCCUUGAAACUGCUAACAUGAGUACCUGGAUGUGCUUUUGGAUUUUAUGUUUUUGCAUUUCAGCUUUAACAACUACUUACUCGUUCUUCAUGAGUCAGUCUCCGAGCCUCACACACGUCUUAGUCGGUGACACUGUAAAAUUAACAUGUACAUUUGAGCAGAGAGUUUCUUACUGCUAUACUGCUGCAACAUGGCAUAAGUUGAACCUGCGGACUGGUAAACUCACACAGGCGAGGUCUAUCUCACAGUCUGAUUCACUUCAACAUGGUGAUAAAACUUGCGUUGUUAGUUUUACAAAUGUAACACCGAACGAUUCAGGUUUGUACUAUUGCAUUAGCCAUCACAACUCAAUGGUUAUUGUCGGCAGUGGAAGCAGGGUGAUCGUAACAGAUCGCUCUGUUGUGGAACCAAAAUUAUCCAUCUUAUACUCACCACAAGAACCUGACUCAUCAUCAGUACUGCUGCAGUGUCUUGUGACCGGAGUCGUCCCGUCUCAAGUGCGGGUGUUCUGGAUGAUUGGAGAGAAAGAGCAUGUUGGAUGGACCGAAUCUGCCUGGACAGACGCCACUGAUUCAGCCACAGAAUUCACACGUGCUCAUCUCUCUAUUCCUGUAGAGGAGUGGACAGACGAUGAUGAAAUCCAAUGCUUUGCUGAUUAUAAUGGCAAGAACAUCUCCAAAACACUGAAGCGAUAUGGAUUGAAUCAAAGAAAUCUCUGGCUUCUUUACUGUGGUUUUGUGGCAGCAUUCCUGACUAUGGCUGUGGCCUUCUCUAUUUGUUUAUGUCAAGGUAGACAGAGUGCAGUGACUGCAGAAAUGUCAUCUGUAAUGUUUUACCCUGUGGACCCCAUCAAUUUAGGACAGAAUUUAAUUCCAACAAAAAAAUAAUGGUAAAAAUAAAAUGUCUGUAUUAUUUUUAACUGUAAUUAUAUGAAUUAUGUGAAACAGCAUCAGUGGAGAUCAGAAAUUGAAAAGAAUGUUUGCGUAUGCAAACCAUUAUUGAAAUGAAAGUUAAUUCAUACAAAUUUGCAUCUUUCUAAUGGUUCAUGAUGAUAAAGGUCUGGUUCAUUCAGAUGCUUACUCUUUAUUCUCUGAAUUUGCUUUCUUUUGUACUCUGUGGGUGAAAAAGCAGCUUGCAAUUUUAUUUAUAGAGCUGUUAUGUUAAAACUAUAUAAAUAAUUCACAUUAUUGCUUUAUUAUUGCUUAAUGUCUCCUCUUGGUCCCAAAUAAAGAUAUUUUUACUUUUUAAAAACUGAAUUUCACUUUUAUGCAUUAGAAACAGAAAUUGCUUUCUGCCUUCAAAUCCUUUGUUAGGAAGCCAUAGGAACUGAACUUUUAUUAUGGUGCAAAGAAUCUUGAGUUUCAGUGAAUAACGAACAACUUAUAUUUCACUCUGUUUAUAGCUAUUGGUGGCUUGAAAAUGAACAAAGAUAUUUGCAUUUCCUUUCUUUCAUUUCAAAAGAGCUGUAGGGAAUCCGAAAGGCACAGAGGUGCUGAUAGCGAUCAAGAGCUGUAGGCCAAGAUGUGCAUAUAUUUGAAUGUCUAUUUUUUGGAGCUUUCUUCUGUCUAAUGCUCCUCUGCCUCUCUAUCCGAACUCUGACUUCCUGGGCAACUGGGUUCAAUGCCAUAGGCUGGAGUCAGGUCCUCGAUGGCAUCUCUCUUUCUCUCUUUCCUUUUAAAAGCUACUCUCUCUCUCUCAGGUAAAAUGUCAAAUACAUUCUGGGUGGUAUAUGUUUUUUUUUUAAUCAUAUCAUGCAUCUAUUUUGUAACUAUUUCCAGUUAGCCAUGGUAAUUUAGUAAGUAACUAUUAACCAUAAGCCAUUACUGUUAUUAAAGCUACUG